GUUAAAUAUUACAUUCUUUCUUUUUACUCAUUGCGAAUAACAAAAGUAAAUUUCACUUGGUGUUGUACAGUUUUUAUUUUUAGCCAACCGCGUAAUAAUGUCAUUUUUUAAAAUUAGGAGCGGAGUUUUGCGAUUUUCCCGCCCGCUUCCCGCCAUUUUUACCACCCAUGCGCAGUUGGAACACAUUAUAUUUUGACGACAAAUGUAUAAAGAAAUGGCCGACUAGUCCUCAUUAACGAAAAGUGCAAUACGCGCCAAAAUAUCAAGUCACUUGGAGUUGAAGUGGCUUGGCUUGUAUAAAUGCUAAACCUGUUAAGUCCUUAAUUUAAGUACGAGUUUUUGACUAUUUGAGUGUGUAUUAUGAUAACUAGCUUGUAAAUCGCUUCAGCUCUCAGCCGUACCCGCCAAGUUACGAGACCGUUAUUUCAUUGUUUUGAAAAUGUCUUCUCUUCCAUGUGACCAUAUUUUUCAGAAUGUGGAUUAUAACACAUAUGUUAUUCCCCUAACUUAGCCGUUCUUUUUUAAGGCAUUCGAGGCAUUCGUUACGGCAGAAAAUAAUUUAAUUGGGGCAAAAUGAAAGUAUCAUACAUGUAGAAAACAACCACAUCAAAACCGCCGUCUUUUGCCUCUGACACAAAGAGAGUCAGACAUGAAUGGAAACAUUUCGUGCUUGAGUACCGACAGGGUUAAAUUACAUACGAAACAAAAAUGUCACGCAUUUGUUAUUAUUUCGGUUUCAAAUUUUAAGCCUUUUUCGACACUGACAGAUAUAAUCCUCGAAUCUGUCUUCUGAAACAAAAGUUGUCAUUAUUAACCCAGAUGUUGACAUCUGUAACAAACAUCGUAAUAUAUGUCACGCAACGCUUCCACCACGCGGUCACUUAGGCAUGUCACAUCGUCGCCGACUUCUUCUAUCAAUAGUCAGUCUGUCGUCCAACAUAUCGGCGGCAGUUGCAUUGCGGUUUCGAAACAUUACACUUUACAAGCGCCCAGAAAAAUGGAUCCUGCUAUCCCUGCUGCAGAUGAAAAGGCAAUGAUUUCCCAGAAGCGUAAAAGGACUUUAGAUGGACGAGAGUGUAAAGUAUGUGGUGAUCAGUCCACUGGUAAACACUACGGCGUCUAUUCCUGUGACGGCUGCAGCGGUUUCUUCAAACGAACCUCCCGCCGUUCCGAACCCUGGGUAUGCAAAAGCGAUGGCAAAUGUGACGUUGACAAGAACAGUCGAAAUGAAUGCAAGUCUUGCCGACUGCACAAGUGUUUGGGGGUCGGGAUGAGUAUGGAAGGUGUUUUUAGGCGGUCGAGGCUGCUUACUGCUACAGGUUCAUUCAGUGAAACCUUUUCCAACUCGUCGAUGAAUACGGAUGAUAAAGAGCACUACACUAGGCUAACCAAUGAAACUCCUGAGAAUCAAAGUACCACGGUUGAGAGUGUAGCCGUUCACAAACCACUAUCAGCCCUCAACACACCGCUGAACACAAACACCGUCAUCAAAUCCGAAACAAUCGAGAACCCCGAGAUCCAGGCUCAUCCCGUCGAAUCACGUGACUUAGAUCCGACCAAUAAGAUAUCGAGAACCAGUUCAGCAAUGGAAACAGCGGCAUCGCUGCAACAGUUAGCCAACUCGCACUGCCACACUCCUCCUUCAUCAGUUGACCCGCAUAAUAUGAGAAGAACGUUACUGGUGAAUACGUCCUCGACCUCCCGGGAGUCUCAGCUAGAGAAUAUUGCAUCAUCGUUAUCGUCGUUAAGGAGUCGAGUCAUCACAACUACGCAUGCGCAGAACCAAAACCAAGUAUUUCUGAACGGCACUGCCAAUCAGCAGACCAAGACACCUAGUCAGAUGUGCUCCAUACACGAGCUUCUUAAAGCCGUUGAAGCAGUUCAUUUUAACUCGAGUGAAAACAUCCAAGAUGCCGCCAUGAGAUUGAUGACUGCGUCCAUACGUUUCGCGCGCAAUCUGCCUUGUUUCACGCGAAUUCCUUUUCGAGACCAGAUUAUCCUACUCGAGGAAAGCUGGAAGAAGCUCUUUCUGUUGGACGCUGCGUACUGGGCUCUACCUCUUGAAACCGGAAGUCUUAGCGUAGCCAAUGACGUCACUAGGAGACCAAACUCCACAGAAAUCAAAACAGUUCAGGAAUUAUUAACACAUCUUAGAUCUUUUCGCGGCGAUCUUACUGAGCUUGCUUGUCUAAAGGCUAUCCUUAUCUUCAAACCAGAAACUAAAGGCCUGAAAGACGCUGAAACAGUUGACAAGAUUCAAGACGAGAUUCAGCUUUUACUGUCAAGUCACGUAACCUCGACGCACCCGAACCAUCCAGCAAGAUUCGGGAAACUUUUGUUGAGUCUUUUAGCUGUACAGAGCGUAGCAGAGAAACCAAUCGAAGAAAUACUUUUUAGAAUAGCAGACGAUAAAGACAUUUUUGAGACACUAUUGUCAAAGCUGAUCGACAGCUAAAGUCAGUCAGUGACUUACAUGAACUUUGUCAUGCACAGAGGUUUCAACGUGAGACUUCAUGCAUAAUGCUCAGUGAUUUAGGAACCUCUGUGUGUGAAAAGCGAAACAUACCUCGGAAGUACUAUUUGGCUGUUGGUACCACUUGACAUCAUUUUGAGUUUGUUCGAUUUUUUGGAACAUUUUCUUUUUGCUUUUGAUAUUGAACAAAAAAGGAAAAGGGUAUCAAUUUCUUAAAAUUCUCUUGCAUGUAGGGACUGUAACCAUGGCAGCGGGACGUGUCUCAUAUAUUAUCCACAUGCACCAACGCAGUAUUGACAAGAUGUCAGGAUUUUUUUACCAACCUAAAUUUCAAAAUGUAGACAGUAAAAUCUUUCUUUCCAAA